AUGCAGCGACAAAGGAUUCUCUUCAUCGACGCUUACGACUCAUUCUCCAACUCCAUCAUCGCCCUACUGCGGGCUGAGCUGUCUGUCACCGUUGAAAGUAUCAGGAUCGAUGAUCCUCGCUUCGUCCUCAACGACGAAGCAUUCUUCACUUACCUCGAUGGAUUUCACGCUGUCGUUGCCGGUCCUGGACCUGGACACCCUGCGAAUGCCGAAGAUGUGGGGUUGAUAGGAAAGUUGUGGGACUUGCCUGAUGAGCAUGUACUUCCAGUACUGGGGAUUUGCCUUGGUUUUCAGAGUCUCUGCGCAGCUUUUGGCGGCCAUGUGGCGAGAUUGCGUGAACCGCGACACGGCAUCAUGGCCAUGGUGACGCACCGCAACAAGAGCGUCUUUUCUGGAGCUGGAAAAGUCAUCGCGACGCAGUACCAUUCUCUGCAUGUCCAACUGGAGAAAGGUGAAGGCGAAGUUUGGGAGCCAACUGAGCUUUGGAAACCAAGUGAAACGUGCCCUGAAUUGGUGCCGCUGGCUUGGGACUUGAUGAGCGUGAAGAAUGGUCCGAUCUUGAUGGGUGUGCAGCAUGCCAAGAAGCCAUUAUGGGGUGUCCAAUACCAUCCAGAGUCCAUCUGCACGAACAAGGAGGGCCAAAGACUGAUCUCACGGUGGUGGGAGGAGGUGAUGAAGUGGAGUUCGAUGCAAGGUCGAGUAUCUGGCACCGAGAUUGACAAUCGAAUCGACACGCCAACGGAAGAUGUGAAGAUAUCGCCUGCCAUGGAGGCCGCCGACUCCCCUAGGCGGAACGUUCUCUGGUCGACUGUUGAAGGUGUGAAAUUGCCGGAUGUGGCCGAUCUGGUGGAGGUGCUGAAAGAAGGCAUUGUGCCUGAAGAACCUCUCAUCCUGGAGUCUGGAUCACGCAAUGGAAAACCUGUCAAUCCUGAGACAGGUCGCUUCAGCAUCAUCGCCCUUCCAGAGGCUUCAUCGAUGCAUAUUCGGUAUUCCACGGCUCGACAUUCUCUGCAAAUGGUGGAGGGCGGUGUUGUAUCUGUUGAAAAGCAGGCUGAUGUUCGCCAAACCUUUUCCUUCAUCGACGACUGCAUGCGGAGUCGUAAAGCCUCCAAUGGGCCUGUUGGCUCACCGUUCUGGGGUGGCCUUGUUGGUUUCAUCUCUUAUGAAGCUGGGCUGGAGUCUAUAGACGUUCCGCCGUCUGUGGAUGGGUCGAAUCGCCCGGAUUUGUGGUUUGUCUUUGUAGAGAGGAGUGCUGUGCUGGAUCAUGUGGAUGGCGUAGUGUACGUCCAGUCUUUGAGAGGUGAUGAUGAGGAGUGGAUGGAGUCUGUCAAGUCCGCGAUUACGCGAUGUGGAGAGGAGGAAGGCAGUGGUGUGUCGAAGGUCAAGGUGUCGGCGGAGUUGGUGGAUGGCCCUGAGGUGGAGGAGUACUGUUCGAAGGUGCGCAGGUGCCAGGCCGAGUUGCGAGCUGGUGAAUCGUACGAGCUAUGCUUGACCGAUCAGUCGACUCUCAAGAUCCAAGCGGAUGCCUGGUCAAUCUACCGUCAGCUGCGCAGUCGCAAUCCAGCGCCUUUCGGAGCUUACCUUCGUCUGGAAGGUGGUUAUGGUGCUGGACUGUCUGUCGCUGGCAGCAGUCCUGAGCGGUUCCUGUCGUGGUCUCGAUCUGGGACGUGUCAGUUCAGACCUAUCAAAGGCACCGUCAAAAAGGGGCCUGGCAUCACGCGAGCAAAGGCAGAGGAGGUGUUGGGGUCCGCGAAGGAGCGCGCUGAGAAUCUGAUGAUCGUGGAUCUUAUUCGACACGAUCUGGCCGGUGUGCCUGGUGUCGAUGCGGUUCGCGUGCCGAAGCUGAUGACCGUGGAGGAGUACGAGACCGUCUUCCAGCUCACGUCCGUCAUCGAGGGUGAUGUGCAAGCCCCUGCUUCGCCCAUAGCCGCUCUUGCUGCUUCUCUGCCGCCUGGCUCGAUGACUGGCGCGCCAAAGAAGCGCUCGUGUGAGAUCUUGAAGGAGAUCGAGGGUGGUAAGCCGCGUGGGCUGUACAGCGGUGUGGUCGGCUUCUUUGACGUGGGAGGUGGUGGUGACUUCUCGGUGGUGAUCCGCACCGCGUUCAAGUGGGAUGACGAUGGCGAUUCCUGGCGAGUCGGCGCUGGCGGCGCGAUCACGGCCUUGAGCGAGGCGGACGCGGAGUGGGAAGAGAUGGUGACGAAGCGGGAGAGUGUGCUGAAGUCGCUGUCGUAG